ACACACACACAUCCACAAAUACACGCAAAGGCGCAUGCUCCAUGGAUGCUGAGAGCCGUUCCUCGUGGGAAAGUAACGGCCAUCACGUUGCCAUGUGACGGUGAAGAAUACGAAGCAAAGAGGGAUGCCACUCAAUACGAAGGGAUGCGAAUAACCUCUCGCAACCGGGAUGUGUUACGCUAUCCAGCCUUCCAGGUCAUGAUUCCCUUCGCUUUGAUUGAUAACGCCGGGAUGACGGGAAGAUCCAUUGCCCAUUGCGCCGUUACGCACUCAGACACUCGCUCCGGUCGGUAGCUCAUUCACCCGGCAGGAAUUCGUCCGCAGCAUCCAUCGACAGUGUGGCCUUGUGACGUUUCGAACCCGCGCCGUCCGCACAGCCCUGGAUUAGUUUAUUCACAUCAUUCUGUUUAUUUUCGUUUGCUCUUAUCAAUUCAGAACGGUGGGCGAGAAGCAAAAAAUCCGACACCAAUUAUCAGUUUGACAGCGCAAUUUGAGGAAUGUCUUUGAGGCGAACGAACUGGCACAAUCUGGCAGUACCCGUUCGGAAAGUUUCACCUCGAACUUUGGCUAGUGCGUCAUCUCUGGCUGGCGCCACCGUGUCUUCCAGUGACUGGUUCUGCUUUCCUAUCCGUUCCGUUUUGCGUAGGGCGAUGGUUUGAUUUGGAUCAAACCGCAACGGCAAUUGGAUGCAGAAUUGGAUGCAUUGUCUUUGUGGUGUGUGUGUGUGUGGGGGGGGGGGGGGGAUUACAAGCGCAUCAUCGAUCGAUGCACCGCGAGAGUUUAAUGGCUGAUGAAACCCACGCCGUGGCUUGCAUCAGUGCCGAAUGCAACCGUACUAUCGCGGCGCCGCUCAGGGACCCUCAAGAGAGACGGCGGGCGGGCGAUUGGAAGUCUGUCAAUGUCGCCUGCGGUCAUCAACUGGGGAUAGGAAUGGGAUCGGCUGCGGUUGUCUAUGUUUUUCCCGCAGUUUGGUGUGUACUUGUAAUGGGAUUUUUUGUUGUUGUGGUGCACACAACCACACGCAGGCAAAUAAUUGGACGUGAUUGCUAACAUCGACAUCUUGCACGUGAAAAACAAAUAGCUUUCGAAGUUGACGUGGAGUAAUGCCACGAUUUGACAAUGAUUUGAUGCCGUUAAUUUACUCACAUGCGCGUCUGCUAAUCGGCAAGCGAGUAAUGGACGUCAUCACCAAUGCCAAGUGAUACGCUCCGCAGUAAAAGGACUCGAGACGUUCAUUCAUUACCCCGCGGUGGCAAUCGAUUUAUUGCCAUCCACAUGAUUUUGUUAUGACACGAUAAAUGGUCACGGAAGCUGAAUCAUUACAUCACCGACGACCUGCUCGAAACAGAAACUGCUGUAAGUGCACGUGAAUGCGCACGACAAUAACGGUAUCUACAUUGUUUGAUGCAUUGUACGCGAUAGGCGUUGAUGUGUCUUCAUCAUUUUGAGCUUCACACAAUAUAACGUUUUACUUUCAAUGUUAAUUAUGUAGAAACACUCUUAACUUGAAAUCGACCGGUAGUUCAUGGUAGAACCGAUGUCAUGGUUGAUGUCUUGCACACACACACACACACACACGCCCCGAAUCGGGCACACUUCCAGCCUUCUAGGCGUGCGACGACUGCGCCCGAUUGCGCAAAAAGCCCAGCUGGUGGUUUCGCUUAUUAUUAGUGGCCAUUAUCCCGACAUUGACCGUUUGUUGAUCGAAAGCUCAAGAUCGCCUUGGUGACGGUAUAGCGCCCAAAGCGCGGAGCUUUUCAUCCGUUCUUGGGUGGCAACUUGUUACCGGCAUAACACCCUUUGCCUAAUGCACAUGUGUUUUGAGCGGGUUGACAGGUUGUUGGUUAUCAGCUUACCAUAUCGUCGUGUUGCUUUCAGUAGAUGCUUACCGGAUCGCUUGAGAGGUGGUCUUCUAUGUACACAUGGAGCGGCAGCACGUCCAUCUGAGUGGCAGAACAUAAUUGCUUACUGUAAUUGCGGUGCAAAUUACGCAUCGAUUAAAGCGACUGCUCGGCAAACAGACGAGCGAUGGAAUUAACGAGCGGUUGAUAAACGUGCUAACGAGCGCUGGCCGGCACAACAUUUUAUGCGAUCGUGAACGGAAAGGGAAAGCGACAGGGCGCGGGUUUAGAACUCUUUACACGUGUGUGAUGAGUUAAUUAUAUCAGUUCACUGUUUUAGCAGAGCAAUUUUCAUCAUAAAUGCCAUAAGAAGACUUGCGAUUUGUGGGUGCAAUGUAAAAAAGAUCGAACGAUGUAAAUAAGAUGUAAUUUUUAGAAUAACGCAAAAAACAAGAUUUUUUCUGAAUCGGUGAAAUAGUUUAAUCCACGGUUGUUAAAUAACGUUGUAUAUUUUUUUUUUGUAUCUAUUUUAAACAUUGGCCCUAAAAGAUCACUUUAACUAAGUCGGUAUUAUGUUGUACUCGAUUUGAUUGGUUAAUGUGUCCAAAAAUGUUCUUCCAAAAGAAUACAAUAAACAUGAAACAAAUGAUUCCUCUUGCUGCUAAAUGUCCCCGUAACAUGAGUUUGAUUGUUCGUCCAUACAAUUAUGCAUCAAAUGUUCCCACGGUCAGGUUUACCGAGCGUAUGAGCAUUACCAAAGUGUCGUGACGCAGUUCCGUCACUAGUUUCCCUCGAUCCUGGCGAUAAUAACCGAGUGAGAUGUACCAUUCAUGACAAAUCCAUCACAACACAGCAGCCAUGCGCCAACAAAAUGUGCCAAACUUACUGGUCAGUUUGAAAACUUUCCAAUCAAUUUCAAAUUUGGCCACAGUUUUUGAAUUUCGAAGUUGUUCCGGGAAACGAACCGUUAAAAUUGAAAUAUUGCACCCGGCUUCAACGCAACACAUUUCACACAAUAUUGCAUGCAAUCUUUCGUAGAAAAAGGAAAAAAAAGUGGUUCGCGACAAUCGCGCAGCGAGUCGCAAAUUGCGGCACGUGUUCGCUCUGUUCCUGCGUCGACUUUUUCAUGUAAGUAGGAAGUCCCUGUGAGAAAAACGUAUUGUUUUAGAAUAUAGUAUGCAGAAAAUUGAGGUGACGCUUUAAAGUUCAUUUCUUUCGGAAUUUUGCUUUAUUCGUGUAUUUGUUUGAGCUCUUUUUUCUCCUAAGAAACUAAUAAAAACUCCGAAGGUCGCCUCUAUUACACUGCAAAACCUUCAGCUCCUAUUACGUGUCCAGCAUUACGAGCAAUGAAUUACUCAUAGAAAGCAAUUAACUUUCGUGGUAUUAUUUUGAGCUCCGAGCUCCGUUGUUCCUGAAAUACACACCAUUCCAUCUUCCAAAGAACGUUGAAUACGACUUCCCCGAGUAGAACCCUUCACCUACUCUACACACCACCACCACACUAGCACAUCCAACCGGAUUACAGAACAGCUCCAAACGCCGUUUGCUCAAUCUGUAAGUGUACUUUUUUCACACACAAACACACACACACACACUCACUCACUUUCUUCCUCCGCACGCAAUCGGUAAUAAAUGACAAUCAGGAGACUUACUCAUAAAAACUACCGAACGCACAUGUGCACCGCCGGAUUGGUUACGCUUGCCUGGCAAACGACCAGCCAGAUGAGCCGCACACCAGCCACAGCGCUCCCCUGAUCUGCGCCUCGUAACUGAUCUGCGCUAACAAUGGCCAAACCGGCACAGUAGUUGUGAUACUUGGUUGCUCGACCGACUUAAUGUGUAGAUGCAGAUUGUUUGCUUCUCUCCAACGCACAGUUCCUGCUGGUAGACGGUGCACGCUGGAUGUACACGCUGCGAUGAGUUGCUGCUGUUUGGUCGUUUCCUACCAUUUGAUCGUCAAUUUAGUGGACCGUUUUUCGGAGGUGUUGCGCGAUCUCGUGUACUGCCGUUGUCGACGGGCAGAGCAGUUUGAUGACUGUGAAGUGACGGCGGGCGAUUCCGUUGAGCCGACGGUCCAGCUGUCUUCGGCCGGUGUGUUGACAAACAAACCACGCUACGUGGUGAUCAACGAUACGGUUGAGCUAGAACCCUUUUACUACGACAUCGAUCGACGAUACUGUGAGCUACUUUUGCGGGAUCGUCCCGCCGGGACGUGUAUAGUGAGACCGUUCAAGCUAAAACACGAAACGAUUCGCUACAUCCUUUCGAUCCGUGCGCCGGACACUUACUUCCACCUGUUUAUUCGACACGCCGGCAAGAAUGGCAUGUACGCCCUCGGGUUGGAAAAGGAGCAGGAAAAGCGGUUCAAGUUUCCCACCGACAUCGUGCGCUACUACCAAGCCCACCUGCUCGAGUGUAGCCGGGCUAGCCGGGUGUGCACGAAGCUGCAGCUUCAGCCGCUACCGAUUUCGGACGUGCUCGAGGCGCGACGACCCAACGCUCCAGCAAAGACGACUUAAAAAGUAUACAAAUAAAAUUUUAUUUCCACA